GAUACCAGGAGUGGAGAAUGGGCUCUUGGCAGUACCUUACCUACAGGACUUGUGAGCGGGGCUGGGAGCCGGGCUCAGUGCCGGAGCCCGCCGCCGCGGGAGCUGUGCACAAUGGAGGGGGAAAGCAUCAAGGCAAGUUCCCAGUCCCUGGUGGAAGGUGAGGAUGAAGAGAAGGACCAGAGGACAAUUACAGUUAACCCUGCCCACAUGGGGAAGGCAUUCAAGGUUAUGAAUGAACUUCGGAGUAAGCAGCUGCUGUGUGAUGUGAUGAUUGUGGCUGAAGAUGUUGAGAUUGAAGCCCACCGGGUGGUGCUGGCCGCCUGCAGCCCCUACUUCUGUGCAAUGUUUACAGGUGACAUGAGUGAAAGUAAAGCCAAGAAGAUUGAAAUCAAAGAUGUGGAUGGGCAGACGCUGAGUAAGCUGAUUGACUACAUAUAUACAGCUGAAAUUGAGGUGACAGAAGAAAACGUUCAGGUGCUGCUGCCGGCAGCCAGUUUGUUACAACUAAUGGAUGUCCGGCAAAAUUGCUGUGAUUUUCUCCAGUCUCAGUUACAUCCCACCAACUGCCUUGGCAUCAGAGCAUUUGCAGAUGUGCACACCUGCACGGAACUCCUACAGCAGGCCAAUGCUUAUGCAGAGCAGCAUUUCCCAGAGGUGAUGCUGGGGGAAGAAUUUCUAAGCCUUAGUCUGGACCAGGUGUGUAGCUUAAUAUCCAGUGACAAGCUUACAGUUUCUUCAGAAGAAAAGGUUUUUGAAGCUGUGAUUUCCUGGAUAAAUUAUGAGAAGGGAACCCGCUUGGAACACAUGGCUAAGCUGAUGGAACACGUCCGUCUCCCUCUCUUACCACGGGACUAUCUGGUCCAGACAGUUGAAGAAGAAGCUUUGAUAAAGAACAACAAUACAUGUAAAGAUUUUCUUAUUGAAGCUAUGAAGUACCACUUGCUGCCUUUGGAUCAAAGGCUGUUGAUAAAAAACCCAAGGACUAAGCCAAGGACUCCAGUCAGCCUGCCCAAGGUUAUGAUUGUGGUGGGCGGCCGCCCCAAAGCUAUCCGGAGUGUUGAAUGUUAUGAUUUUGAGGAAGACAGAUGGGAUCAGAUCGCAGAACUUCCUUCAAGGAGAUGCAGAGCAGGGGUGGUGUUCAUGGCUGGAAGUGUUUACGCUGUGGGGGGCUUUAAUGGCUCCCUUCGUGUCCGGACUGUUGACGUGUAUGAUGGUGUGAAGGACCAGUGGACGUCCAUUGCCAGCAUGCAGGAGCGCCGGAGCACACUAGGCGCAGCUGUGCUCAAUGACCUCCUCUAUGCAGUGGGGGGGUUUGAUGGGAGUACAGGUCUUGCAUCAGUGGAAGCCUAUAGCUACAAAACGAAUGAGUGGUUCUUCGUGGCACCUAUGAACACAAGGAGAAGCAGUGUGGGAGUGGGUGUUGUGGAAGGAAAGUUAUAUGCUGUUGGAGGUUAUGAUGGGGCUUCCCGCCAGUGCCUCAGUACUGUGGAACAAUACAACCCAGCCACCAAUGAGUGGACAUAUGUGGCAGACAUGAGCACACGCCGCAGUGGUGCAGGGGUUGGAGUACUCAGUGGACAGCUGUAUGCCACAGGUGGACAUGAUGGCCCCUUGGUGAGAAAGAGUGUGGAGGUUUAUGAUCCUGGCACAAAUACUUGGAAGCAAGUUGCAGAUAUGAACAUGUGUCGGCGAAAUGCAGGUGUAUGUGCAGUGAAUGGACUCCUGUACGUGGUGGGAGGUGAUGAUGGUUCCUGCAAUCUGGCAUCCGUGGAGUACUACAACCCUGUCAGCGACAAGUGGACGUUGCUGCCAACAAACAUGAGCACAGGGAGGAGUUAUGCAGGUGUUGCUGUGAUUCAUAAGCCAUUAUGACAAAAAUUCACCCUGCUGAGAGGUGGAGGACGGGAGGGAAUGCUGCUUAGGUUUCAGAACACUGUGGGCAAGAACGGAUUUGUUCCAACUUGUCAUGAUGUCAUAUUCCACGGGACAAGAAGUCAUGGCGAGAGUCUAGCCUCUGCUCCGGCUUGGCUCUGAGGAGUGACACAGUGUGAGAACACCCUCUCCCCUCCGUCCCACCGCCCCCAUCAAACCCAUCCUCCACCUCACUUUGUGUACAUUUCUUUCCACUUUGUGCAAUGAACUGUCCCCUGCCCCUGCCCCACAAGUGGCCUCUAAAGAGGAGCCUACUGUGUUUUUCAUAUUUCCACAAUGGCACCGGAGAAACUGUAAUUCUUCUGUGUAAAACACCAUGCUUUAACAAGGUAGGUGGGUAGAAAGUCUACUGGAUUUCUUUACUACUGAUGUUUCAAAUAUGCUCAAACUCAAGGAAUGGAAAAUGCCUGCUCUGGCCUCACUCCCUCGGUUCAGUUGGAAGUGACCCUGUGACACUGAAGAAGUUGUCUUUAGAGGCAGAAUCAGGCGAUCGUCUCCCGAGGAAUACUGGGGAAAUGGGAGGCUCCAGUCAGAAGGAAUUGAGGACCAGGCAGGGUUCCAGUGAUUGUGCAUAUGUACAUUACUUACCUACUGUAAAUUUAUUCUGUAGAAGAACUGUGGCGCUUUUGAAGCUGGAUUAUGCCCUUUCUUUGCUAGUCAGUAUGAUUGUGUUCACAAGCCACACCUCAGCAGAGCACCGAAGGCACCCUAGGAGGGGGUCUUCCCUGCCUAAGAAACCCCUAAAUCAAUGCUGGAAACCCCUAAAGCAAUGCUGCCUCAAUGUCUUGGUUUUUUGUUACUUAUUUUAAAUAGGGGGAAAAGAAAACACACACACACACACACACACACACACACACACACACACGCACACACCCCCCUGACUAUACGAAUCGGCCUCUUGCCUUCUCGGCGGUUUCCUGGUGCCCAUGAAAAGAUUGUAGAAAAUGGUGUGACCUCAGCUACAGAGCCAGUUUUCACGACCGUCUAAAUCCAUGAAGGUGUGUUUCACUUCUGGGUGCCCUGAGGAGCCUGCUGUUGAGUUCUGAUGCCCUUGACAGUCUCCAAGCUGUGGGUUGUGACUCCAGCUGGGACCAAAUCCAGAACUAGAUUUACAGUGCCUCUGUACACAUGUAUACACAUGGCUGUAGGCCAGGACCCCAGGGGACCUCAGCCGUGGAAGCUUCCCUAAUCCGUGCCAGUGACCGGAUUCCACAGGGGCUCCCCAUAGUCUCAGCUUGUCUGUCACCAAAACUCCCAGGACACGGACUCUGACCCUGGGUUCCCUGGAAGCCUUUGGAAAUUACUGGGGGUUCUCAGUUCUGGGGAUUGUACACGUGUCUCUUCCAUCAGGAAAAGCAGCUCUUUAAAAUGACUCUUUGGAAAGAACAUGGGAAGAAACCAAAGCAACAGGCACCCAGUCUUUGUCCAUCAUGGCUUCAGAGACAAAAGGGGAUAGAUAUCUCCCCUGGGGAAUCAGAAGAAGGUGGGCAGCUUUGGCGCAGUAUGCCAGUCAGGGCUAGCCCUUGGCAAAUCGUGACACCGGCCAAGUUGGUCUUAACUCUUGCUUUCCCUUUCCACAUUUCUGUGCCUCCUUCCCUCUCCUCACUCAGGCUCCUGUUGCUGCCUGAACUUCUUUGUAAAUAAAGGAGGCAGAGGUGUUAGGGUCUUCAUGUUUGACCCUUCCUGAGGCACUGGCACUUUAAAAAAGGGUAAUGCUUAACCCCAAAGGAAUAAAUCAGUAAUGGUUGAAUUUUAGGCAUCAUUUGGGAAAGUGCUUUUGUGUGGGCUUCAGAAUCCCUCAUAUCGUACCAAAAGAGGCAGCUGCCUACUUCAUCUACACAUAAAGCCAACCUGAUGCCAGCAUUUGGCUUCUUUUCCUGCAGAAACUUUGGAGCCAAGUGACACUUCAGGGCAUGAUCAAUAGGCCCAAGAGAUCUGGUAUAGCCAUGGUUAAUUAAAAAAAAAAAAACAACCCAGAUAUUGCUGAAAGUGCUGUCUGUAGGUCUUUAAAAAGCCUGGGACCACAGGUCAAUCAGUCAAUAUUAAGCACUUACUAUGUAUGCCAACAGCCUCAGAGAGGAGCUCAUGUAUUGCUCCCUGCCCAUUACCAGUAUCAGACCUCCUGAUGCUGGGCAGAUGUUUCUUGGGAGUGAAAUAACACCUCCCUAGGGCAUGUAUGUUUUGCCCAUAAUUCCUGCCAACUGCACUGCAAAGCCUCAAAUAUCUGGCCAUACUGCUUGGGAGACAAAUGGCCAUAUAAUAAGAGGGAUCAACUUGUAUUUCUGAUUGGGUACUCCAGGGGAUAAGACUGGUGCUCUUGACAUCUCAGCGUAGGAUGUUGGGAUGGAAGGGGUUGUUAGUGAUAGGUGCUCCCCUCCCUUGCUUAGGGUACCAUCCUUUUGCCACAGAUAGGUUAAUGGGGUGUUCAUAUCAUGAGAGAUGGAGGAUGGCAUUAGGACUUCAUUACAUUAUAGAUUCCAGGUCCUGGCUUAAGACAAAAGGUGAAUUCCAUUUCUAGGUCAUCUACCCAUAAAUAGGCCCGCUUGCUAAAGCGAACCAUUGCUGUUUUCUGCUUUUUGGAUUUUGCUUUUGAUUCUGCUUCUUAGGAUUCCCUUGUGCCAGGGAGCACUGCCCCUGUUUAUCUGUGGGGUCAGUGCAUUUCAUCUCCAUGUGUGUUUCUGUGGGGUCUAGAACACUGGCAUGUCAUCACCCAGAAGCUGGUCUGCUUGUUACUGCAGCCAGGUGAGAAUCAGCCCAGUAGGAAACAUGUGGAUCGGGAAUAAGGCUUUUAUUUCAGCAUUGAUGCACCAGUAGAGUAGGCCUCUCAGGUAAUUAACACAGGCCUGUGAAGGCUAAAACCCUUCUAGGAUGGGGUGGCACUGCCGGAGAGCAUGAUACUGCAAGCCUUUUGAUGGCAAAGAAGUGGAAUUGAAACCCAAACUGCAAAGAAAACCACUAGAUCCUGAGUAAGCAGCUUAGACCUGGCUCAGAUGCUGAUUGGGAAGUGGACAUUGGGCUCUGAAUUCUAAAGGUCUUUCUCAUUAGUGACCAGUGGUAUCUCUUCUAUCUAAGAAGUUGCAGUGUUGAGCCAAGCAACAUGACCUCCUUUUCUGCUAUGCAAUGUGAUCACCUAACAAGUCCAUGACAGACCAGUUGCAAUAUCCCCCCCUUCCCACAUUGCUUUUUGAGGUGUCUUUCUUCAAUAUUUGUUGUGUAAUGUUUGUACAUUUCUGAGCCAGAUCCUUUUCAAAGAUUGCCUUUUUAUAGAAUUGAAGCUAUAGCUUUUGGGGCUAAAAUUUUAAUGUAGAUAUUUUUAUAAGAUAAUUUUGAAGACUUUUUGAAUCACUUUUUAUUGGCUUUGUGGUUGAAAAUCGAUGUUCCUUGUGUGACUCAUGUCUCAACCCUGCUUAUCCCUAUAGCCAUUAUCCCUGUGUUUUCAAUGCAGAAAACAAUAUCAGAUUCAAUUUUGGUAGAUAGCCCUCCUCCCUAUCCUUGUUCUGUUGUGCUUUUUCCUAAAGGGGACACUUCUUAAUUGGAAAAAAAAAAACCAAUGAACUAUAUGUAGAUUCUUAUGUUCCUGAGAAAGCUUUGGAUACGAACACUAAACUUUAAAAUUCAGUUUUCAUUUCAACAUUUAUAUUGCUUGUUUACUUUUAUGUAGCCAGUCUGCUUUCUGUGGGCCCUGAAAUACCAUUCUUGUCUAUUUUCCAUUUGACUCCAUUGUCCUGCUGUAUAACCCAACAGUGCUUAUGUGAUCAAGCCUGGGAGAGGGUCCUGCCUUCCAAAGUCAAAUUCCUGUGACCUUUGUUAUUUCUAGCAGACUUUCCUAAUGUUGUUGUUGCAUUCAGAAGCCAAAAGUAGAGGACUUUGCUAUCAGAAAGUGCCCAUUUUGGAAGAAUCUGGUUAUUGGACACUUUCCCUGCCCCCAGCAAAGAUGGACUGAUCUUGCUUUAUCUAAAGCCCUGCUUCCUGGGCUGUCUGUUAAUUAACAUUUGUAAAGUACUGUGUCCCUAAGCCUUCUGUGAAAAACAUUUGUAGUUUCAAUAGGGCAGUGUCUUCUUGGUUUUAGCUUUGCUUUCUUGCUUUUUGAUUUUUCCCCUCAUAUAGGUGACAUAAAUCAUAUCAGAGAAGUGACUCUACUUUCCAUUUGUAUCUUGUAAAUUGGAUUUGAGAGGUAGACUAAACCUGUUUUCAGUUAGCUGGAGUUCUUAAGUCUUGCUACUGACCGUAGAAGGAAGGUUUGACCUCAUUGCCCCAUGAAGUCAUGAGGUUGGAAUAUUUUUCCUGUGUUUGCACUAUUAAGAGAUUUAAUCCAUAAUAUUCUGCGAUGUUGUUAUGUCUACUGAAUCAAGCGGGUAUGCUGUCUCCAGGACCAGCUUUUCUUUGGAAAUGGAAGAGGAUUCCCCUACAGCAGGCAACAGCAGGCCAGUCACACCGUUUAAUCUUACUGCCCCAGGUCUACUGCUAGAGACACCAAAAUGAUUCUUUUAAGCCUGGAUCUGGGGACUUGAGAUGGCAGUUUUGGCAGAGUCAGUAAGGCAUUGUAAAUGGCCUGACUUCUUGCCGUUGGUGAUGAAAUUGUAAUUUUAUUCUCCUUUUCAGUGGCAAUAAGGAACCACCAUUAAACUUACUGUUUAGUUUGUAUA